AUGGCGUCUAGGAAAGGCACCAAGAGAACUCGAGGUUCCAGCAGAAACCCAACUCCACCGGCCAUGACACCUGAGCAGUUUCAGCAAUCGCUCGACGACGACGACGAGCAAAUAAUGAUACAGCGAGACACCCAAACAGCGCUUUUGAAGCAACAUAUACCAUCAUCGUCUGCCAAGACUGUGCCCGCAUUCCUCAACAAGCUAUACAAUAUGGUCAGUGAUUCUACUACUAAUGAUUUGAUACAUUGGAGUGCUGACGGGACAAGUUUUAUUGUACAACGACAUGAAGAAUUCGCGAAGGAUGUGCUACCCAGAUUCUUCAAACACAACAACUUUUCGAGUUUUGUUCGCCAGUUGAACAUGUAUGGAUUCCAUAAAGUACCUCACCUCCAACAAGGCGCCCUGCACGCCGACACAGACGCUGAAAUGUGGGAAUUCACCAAUCAAUACUUUCAACGUAAUCAACCCGACUUGCUAAGUCUGGUUAGUCGUAAAAAAGGGCGAGAUGGAGAAGAGAAGGAAAUCAGCACUGGUGGCAGUCUAGAUCUAAACAAUCUGGUCACGGAGCUUGCCGCCGUCAAGAGGCAUCAAUUGACUAUAUCCUCGGAUCUCAAAACAAUACAACAGGAAAACCAAUUACUCUGGAACGAGUCACAAACCAUUCGAGCACGAUAUCAAAAACAACAAGACACGAUUGAUAAAAUAGUUAGGUUUCUGGGUACCGUCUUUAAUGGUAAAAAGCAGGUUCUGAGCAAUGGCAGCGGUCCUAGUCAAGGCACUGGUACCAGUAGCCCAAACAAGAGGAGACGACUGAUGAUUGAACAAGGUGCCAACGAUUUAGCUGUCUCGGACUCUGACGGUGAUGGAGAAUUUGAAGACACAAUCAGAUUAUCUCCUGAUCACGAUCAAGACGUGCAACAACGAGUGGCAGACCUCAUGACACCACACUUCUCACUGACGGAUCCACUUUUUCCAGGAGCAGGACUGGCUCUGUCUCCUACUGCAUUGGGAGAUAAUAAUGCUCUAAUCCCUAACGCAACACCUCCCACAAUGACCUCUGGUCUAUCCACGAACAAUCCCUCAUAUUUGUUGAAUCAUCAGCAAGCUGUAAAUAGUAGCGUCGCUCGUACUGCUGAUACGCAAGCUGAUCUGGACUUGCUUCAAGAUCAUUUGGAUUCCAUAACGGAUCAACUAGGCUUCGACCCUGAUCACAAUGUAGAUUUCAUAGAUACCCUUUUACGGGAUGGCCCAACACAACCUAUCAAAGGAACUCCAUUAGAUCGUGAUACCUUGUUGGCACUAAUCAAUAGCCAAAACGGAAUGCCAAAUCAACCCAUACUCACAAACUCCACCAACAUGAGCUACCCAUCAAGCUCGUCGUAUCCCAUGAAUAACAUGCCAGCCACCACUCAACAACAACCAUCAUAUAUGUUCCCAUCUCUAGUGACUCCCCAGGGUAACGGAGCAAACGACAGCCAAAACAACUUCAACUUUGAUUUCGAUGGAGGAGUCGACGACGACUUGCAGAAGUAUAUAGCAAACUCAUCACCAGAAGACUUCAAUGCUCUGUUUGAUACUAGCUCGCUAAGUGGAAAUGGGGCUGGAAAUUUCCUGCCUCCGAAUAGCGUUGCUACACCACAAAACAAUGCACAAUCACCACCAUCGCCAGCUGCAGUAGCCAGUCCUGCAAAUACAACAACAAGGAGAGGCACAAGGUCUGGUAGAUAUAUGUAA